AUGAGUAGUGCAAAGAAACGUCGCUCUGGAGGCGACGGGGGUACAAAAACUGCUGCUCCACAAAAACCACCGGAACCGAUGGACGCGGUCGUCGAUGAAGAUGCGUUGAUGUCGGAGGACGAGGAGGGUGGGACGCGUAUUGGUGGCAUAUACAUUCCACCACCAGUUCCACCGUACUGUUCUACGGAAUGCAAAGGACCACGCUUAAUUAUUGAAUGCAUCUCGAACUAUAACUUUAAAAGCUAUGCCGGACACGUAAUGCUUGGCCCGUUUCAUCAGCGCUUUUCUGCCAUCAUCGGUCCGAACGGCAGUGGCAAAAGUAAUGUGAUCGAUUCGAUGCUGUUUGUGUUCGGCUACCGGGCACAGAAGAUCCGCUCGAAGAAGCUCUCGGUCUUGUUGCACAACUCGUCGAAGCAUCCAAACACAAACAGCUGCACGGUUGGUGUGCAUUUCAAGCAGAUCGUCGAUCGGGAUGAUGGAUCUUUCGACGAGGUGCCGAACAGCGGGUUUGUCGUUGCUCGGACGGCUUUCCGGGACAACAGCUCGUACUACACGGUCGACAACAAGCGCGUACAUUUCAAGGAGGUGUCCAAACUGCUCAAACAGCACGGCAUCGAUCUGGACCAUAAUCGGUUUCUCAUCCUGCAGGGUGAGGUGGAAUCGAUUGCAAUGAUGAAAGCGAAGGCACAGACGGAAAACGAGUGUGGGUUGCUGGAGUACCUUGAGGAUAUUGUCGGUACGACGCGAUACAAGCAGCCGUUACUGAAAAUUAACGAACGGGUCGAUUCUUUGAACGAAGAGCGCACAGAAAAGCACAACCGUUGCAAGCUGGCCGAGCGCGAAAUGAAAGACCUCGAAAAGCCGAUGAAUGAAGCAGUCGAAUAUCUGAAGCUGGAAAAUACGUUGACCCGCGUACGAAACCAGCAAAUACAAAAGUAUAUCAGCGAGCAGCAGCGCAAAAUCGGUGAGUUCAGCGUGGAACGGGACCAGGCCGCCGGCAUUCUUGCCAAACACGACGAAACGUACGAGGCGCUCAAAGCGGAACGCACUGAGAAGGAGAAACUGGUGAAGGAGGAAAUUAAGCAGUAUGAUGAACUGGUCAGCGCGAAGGAAAGCAAGGAAACGAUGCUAAAGAACUCGCUCGACAAUUUUGCUAAGGUGCAAGCUAACAUGCGUGCUACCAAUGAGCGGCGCAAGAAAACGAUGGACCAGAUCCAAACGGAGAAGAAACGGCUGAAAGAAUUGCUCGCCGUGCCGGAAAAGAACCAGAAGGAGAUUGAAGAAUCACAGAGAGAAAUAGAAUCGCUCACGAAGCAGAAAGCUAAUGUCGAAACAAAACUGACGGCAAAUCUGGCCACGCUCAAGGACGAAACGAAGUCACUGUUGGAAGAAAAAGAGAAGCUGCAGACGGAACUGAUCGACUUGAAGCGUGCGGUCGAUGAAAGCAAGUCGGCACUGUCGAUCGCGGAAUCAGAGCUGAAGAUUGUCCAGCACGAUGAAGUAAUGGAACGGCGCAAGCUCGAAUCGCUCCGCUACUCCUAUGAAGAGACCGAAAAAGAUCUAGAGGAGAAACAAGCUCGUCUAAAGAUGCUGGAAGAGGCACUGCCUGCCACGCGGGCAGAGCUUGAAACGGCCCAACAAAAACUGGUGGCGAACGGCAACGAAGAGAAGCAACUGCGGCAAGAAUUGCGUUCGGUGCAGGGCAAACUGCAGGAAUCGAUGGCCACUAUGCAGUCGACACGCUCGCAGGGCAAAGUGUUGGAUGCACUGAUGCGCCAGAAGAACGAAGGGCACAUCCCUGGUAUUCUCGGGCGCUUGGGGAAUCUUGGCGGUAUCGAUGCACGAUACGACGUGGCCAUUUCGACGUGCUGUGGGACGCUCGAUCACAUCGUGGUAGAAACGAUCGAUACGGCGAAGAGUUGCAUUGAGUUUUUGAAGCAACACGAUAUCGGCCGGGCGUCGUUUAUUGCGCUGGAGAAAAUACAACAUUACGAGCGCAAUUGUCACACCAGAAUACAGACACCCGAAGAUGUACCCCGAUUGUUUGAUUUAAUUCACGUUGAAGACCAGCGUGUGCUGCCCGCAUUCUAUUUUGCCCUGCGCGACACAUUGGUUGCGGAAAAUCUCGAUCAAGGCCAGCGAAUUGCGUACGGACGGCAACGAUUCCGCGUGGUUACGCUCGGCGGUGACGUGAUCGAGACGUCCGGCACAAUGUCCGGCGGUGGACGAUCGCAACAGCGGGGCCGUAUGGGCACGUCGGUGCAGACAAAGACGUCCGCAAGCGAACCGGCGGGGAUUUCGAAUCGUGAAAUAGAACAGAUGCAAAUCCGUGCGCAAGAUAUUCAAUCCCAGAUCAACUACCUGCAGGAGCAGCAGGGCGAACUGGAGUCCAACAUUCAGAAGCUCACGGCAAAGCUUAAGAACCAAGAAAUGGAACUGAAACGAAUGCGUAUGGAUGUGGCGAGUUUGACUCAGCAGAUGCCCCGCCUGAAGGCACAACUAGAUUCCCAGGCAGAACGUGUCGCAAGCACCCAUUCCGAUCCGGAAAAGGUGCGCGCCCUAGAAGAAAAGGUUGCGGGAUGUAAGAAAGCACAUGAAAGUUCGACCAAAAAAGCGGACAAACUGCAGAAAGACGUCGAUCGGUACACGGAUCAGAUUACUGAAAUUACCAACAGUAAGGUGAAGGUGCUGCAGACAAAGAUGAACACACUGGGCAAACAAAUUGACAAACUAUCGGCCAACAUCUCGAAGCUAACGGUGGACAUCACUACAUCCGAGCGGAAUGUGAAGAAAUCGGAAGAUAAAAUCAAGAGCAUGGAAGCCGAGGUUGAGGCGGCACAGGAUGCGAUACGGAAGGGCAACGACGAACGUACGCAGCUUGAGUUGGAAGCGAGCAAACUGCAAGAGGAGCUAGAAGCUAUGAAAGAGGCCAUCACAAAGGCGCACGAAGGUUCGUCCAGCAUCAAAAAAGAGAUUGUUGCACUACAGAAGCGGGAGGCGGAGGGCAAAAUGAAGCGCCUGGAGUUCGAGCAAAUUCUGCAAACGAUCGAAACGAAGCUGCAAGAAACGAAGGACACACUUCCACACUGGAGAGAUAAGCUUAAACCGCUGAAGUUGCAUGAAAUUCCGGGUGCACCUGCGGAGGAACCGCUGAAAGAGUACACCGAGGAGCAACUGAGUAGCUACAAGCUACCCGACCUACAGUACCAGAUCUCCAUUCUGGAGGAAAAACUCAACACCAACAAACCCAACCUGUCCGUGAUCGACGAGUUUCUGAAGAAGCGGGACGCUUAUCUAAAGCGUGUUGCCGUGCUGGAAGAGAUCACCGCCAAGCGCAAUGAGAUGCGGCAACUGUACGAUGACGUGCGCAAGAAACGGUUUACCGAGUUUAUGCGCGGGUUUCACAUCAUCACCAAGAAGCUGAAGGAGAUGUACCAAAUGAUCACGCUCGGCGGUGAUGCCGAGCUGGAGCUGAUCGAUUCGAUGGAUCCGUUCAACGAGGGUAUCGUGUUCAGUGUGCGGCCACCGAAAAAGUCCUGGAAGAUGAUCUCGAACCUGUCCGGUGGUGAGAAGACGCUUUCGUCACUGGCGUUGGUGUUUGCGUUGCACUAUUACAAACCAUCGCCACUGUACGUGAUGGACGAGAUUGAUGCUGCGCUAGACUUUAAGAACGUUUCGAUUGUGGCACACUACAUCAAGGAACGUACAAAGAAUGCACAGUUCAUUAUCAUUUCGCUGCGCUCCAACAUGUUUGAGCUGUCGGACUAUUUGGUCGGUAUCUUUAAGGUGAGCGAUUGCACCAACUCCGUCACGAUCAUGAACGAUCCGCAAAAGACCAUUACGCACAUCGGCACACAUCGCACCAAUACACAGCGGCAAACGCAGGAGUUCGGGUUUCCCAACGAGAGUAUAAACCUGAAAGAUGAUGAAGGGUACAGAGCAACGCUAAACGCGUCGGAGGAGAACAACGCUACACUCGAAUCAGCGGCACAGACGAACAAAGACACUACUGCGCCAGAAGUGCCAGCGGAAGCUCCGUUGAUGGAAACAAGCGCGGCCGAAGAAUCUAGUACUGUUGAACCAAGCGCCGAAAUACAACCGAUGGAAGUUGAAGAAGAAGCUGGAAAAGAAGCAGAAGAUGAUGAGGAGAAGGGGGAAGAAGAAGGACCACUUUGA